CGCACCGGCUCCAUCUCCUUCUUCUCCUCUCUCUUCUUGACGAUCUGUCCUAAUCAACGGAGAGGAGGAGAUUAUGGCGUCGGAGGAAAGGAGCUGCGACGGCGAAGACAGGAGGGGGGACCAGAAAGUGAAGGGAUCGUGGAGGCCGGAGGAGGACGCGGUGCUGAUGCGACUGGUGGAGCGGCACGGGCCGCGCAACUGGUCGCUCAUCAGCUCCGGCAUCCCGGGGAGGUCCGGCAAGUCGUGCCGCCUGCGGUGGUGCAACCAGCUCAGCCCCGGCGUCCACCACCGCCCGUUCACCCCCGCCGAGGACGCCGCCAUCGUGGAGGCCCACGCCCGCUUCGGCAACAAGUGGGCCACCAUCGCCCGACUACUCCCCGGCCGCUCCGACAACGCCAUCAAGAACCACUGGAACUCUACCCUUCGCCGCCGCCGCCGCCGCUCCUCCGAGGUUGCAGCGGCGGCCGCUUCUCCGAGCCUCUCCACCGCCCCGAGCCCCGAGUCCAUUGCCACCCCGUCCUCCGUCUCUCCUCCUCCCGCCGCUGCGGCCGUCGUCGGCGCCCGCGGCUCGGGCGUGGUGGAGGAGUGCUCCGAGUCGGGAUCGAGCAAGAAGCUGCGGCGAGUGAGCGAGGAUCCCAUUGUCGGAGCGGGGUGCAACUCAGCGGCGGUCGACCCCGCGACGUCGCUGUCGCUGAGCCUGCCGGGGGAGGGCGGUGGCGCGUGGAGGGCGAAGAAAGCAAGGGAGGAGGAGGAGGUGGGGCGGAUGAGGGACAUGUGCCUCAUCUCCAUCAUGCGACAGAUGAUCGCAGAAGAGGUACGGAGUUACAUGGACAAACUGCGAUCGCAAGUGCCAGCAGAAGCCACUCCGGCGGUCAUCAAACAGGAAUCCGCAUCGGACGCUGCAAGUUAGCAUAAGCUUAUGUUUACUCUGCUGGCAUGUUAUUACUGCUUCGUUUUCUUUUGAGAAGUUCAUGCAGCAUUAACAACGAACGCUCAUUUGGGAAUGAUUUUGUAGAUAAAAUAUAAGACAAUUAGUCUCGA